AUGAAGACGCCUUUCCUGGAGCACUGGAGUCAACGCAAGCACAGAGAUGAGGUUUUGGAGAGGAGGAAGCAACUCCAACUCACCCCUGCGCAACUGUCUAGUUUGUCCGGUGACAGUGAUGUUCGAGCAGCGCUGCAGAAAAGCCAUGUGGCCUCUCUGCUGCCACCUGCUGGUACUAAGGUGUUCCGACGCUUCACUGCAGGAUCACUGGAGAAGAUUAACCUAAAUAAGGACCUAAAGAAAAAACACGAUGAAAAGGAUUGCUGCCUGAAGCCAACACCUGAACUGCAGUCUGAAACAGCUCUGCCAUUUUUCCUGGGUGCCCCGCCCCCGGAGCUUCAGAAUGUCCCAUUGGAAGAUCUGGACCCGUUCUACCAAUCACAAAAGACAUUUGUCGUGGUUUCUGGAGACGUUCUCACCAGGUUCAACGCAGGGUCGUCCUUCUUCAACUUCAGUCCACUCAGUUUGUUCAGACGUUUGGCCAUCAAGAUCCUCAACCACAAGCUGUUCACUUUCCUCCUGUUGGUGGCGCUAUUGGCGAACAUGUUUUUCAACGUUCCAGAUGAGGCUUGGAAACUCAUUGUGGAAAUUACCCUUUUGUCUAUUUACACUACGGAGGCGGUGCUGAAAAUCUUAUCCAGAGGGUUUUGCUUUGGACCCUUCACUUACCUCCGAGACUCCUGGAACAGACUGGACUUGUUCAUCAUUCUCUCUGGUUUCCUUUUCCUUGGUGUUCCUGAAUUGUGGCUUCUGAAAUUUCUCCGAUAUGUGAAGAUCUUGGGGCUGUUUUCUGGCACUCGUCGACAUGUCAAAUUGUUUGGCCGUGUACUGCUCCGGUUGUGGGAUGUCUUCUUCCUGGCUCUCCUGAUCCUCACUGUCUUCUCGAUUAUCGGGAUGGGUUUAUUCCAAGGAUCUCUUAGAAACAAGUGUGUCAUAAACUGGUCCAAUUCCAGUUUACAGCUAAACACCGUAGACUUUGAAAAUGCCACGGAAGACUUUGACUUCAGAAAUUAUAUCAACAAUCAAGAAAACCACUACAUACAUCAACAGGAACCUAUGAUCUGUGGAAACAGCUCAAUGGCCAGCACAUGCCCAGAGGGAUUCAUCUGCAUUCAAACCAGCGAAAAUCCAGACUACGGUUUUACAAACUUCGACACUUUUGAAUUUGCAUUUUUGUCCACGUUGAGGCUCAUGAUGAGAGACUUUUGGGAGAAACUGGCUGAACAGGUGCUGUAUGGUGCCGGAACACCAAUGAUGAUUUAUUUUGUGGUGGCGAUGUUCAUCUGCUCGUUCUCGCUCACGGGUUUCAUCAUCGCUGCUUUUGUCAUAACUUUCAUUGAACAAACCAACAAAGAAGUUCAACAGGCAAAGCAGGACCAGAGAGACUACAAUGAGAUCCUGGCUGCUCUCAAAGACAAGGAUGAGGAUGAGCUCCCUGAAAAAAAAGAUCCAAAGAAGCAGAUGUGUUCUUCUUGCUUGCGACGUGUGUGUAGCUGUGACUGCUGUGACUGCUGGGUUGUGCUCAAAAAGGGACUGCAAUUUGUCGUUUUGGAUCCGUUCUUUGACCUGGCAAUAAUCCUUCUGCUCAUCCUCAACGUGUUAUUCAUGUCCAUGGAACAUUUCCCCCUAACCCACGAGUUUGAAUAUACUCUCAUGAAGGCAGAGUUGGUUUUCACAAUCCUCUUUCUCCUGGAAGUUGUUCUGAAGAUUCUGGCUGUGGGGCCUUACGCCUACUUUAAGGUCGGAUGGCACAUCUUCGACACAUUACUGGUCAUUGUGACUUUUCUGAACUAUGGCUUUGCUGAUGUUGAAGGAGAAUUUGCACUUGCAGGGUUCCACACUUUCAGGCUGUUCCGUCUGGCUCGCUGGUGGCCUGGUUUCAUGACGUGGGUCCGCCUGACUUGGGCUGGUCUCCGCUCUGUUUGGAUGCUUAUAGGAUUGUUCGCGCCCUCGUUGGCACAUGAGUGA